UUCCGGGUUCGGGGUUCCGGGAGGCCGCGGGGGUCCGGCGAGCGGGGCCGCCAGUGCGGCGGGAAGCGGGGCCAUGGAGAAGCUGCGGCGGGUCCUGAGCGGCCAGGACGACGAGGAGCAGGGCCUGACCGCGCAGGUCCUGGACGCCUCGUCCCUCAGCUUCAACACCAGGCUGAAGUGGUUCGUCAUCUGCUUCGUCUGCGGCAUUUUCUUCUCCAUCCUUGGGACUGGAUUACUGUGGCUUCCUGGUGGCAUAAAGCUUUUUGCAGUGUUUUAUACUCUUGGGAAUCUCUCUGCAUUAGCCAGUACGUGCUUUUUAAUGGGACCUAUGAAGCAACUGAAGAAAAUGUUUGAAACAACAAGAUUGCUUGCAACAGUUAUUAUGCUUUUGUGUUUGAUAUUUACCUUGUGUGCUGCUCUUUGGUGGCACAAGAAGGGACUGGCCUUAUUAUUCUGCAUAUUGCAGUUCUUGUCCAUGACCUGGUACAGCCUGUCAUAUAUCCCAUAUGCAAGGGAUGCAGUAAUUAAAUGCUGUUCUUCUCUCUUAAAUUGAAAAUCAGAAACUUUGAAAAGAGCAUUGGAACUUCAGCGUUCUGUUUUUUGUGAAAUAUGGUUUUCCUGAUGUAAUAAUCACUCCCCAAACAACUGCUGUGACAGGUUAAGACCAUUUUGUGUACUGGUGGAAACUACAUGUUUGAUUAAACUGUUAAAUACUUGUAACAUGAAA